AAUGAUGCAGCAGCAAACAGAAAUGGAGAAAGAAGAAGGUCUUCUAAAGGGAAAGUCAUAUAUAAAGCUAUGGCUGAUGGUUCUGUUGAAAAUGUAAACAGGCUGUUGUAAACAUACAUUUGCAUAUAGCAUAUAUAUAUUUGUCCAAAUCCAGGUUGAUUAGAGCAUUAAAAACGUGAAAAGUGUUAAAGUUAGAUAAAUUUAGAACAGAUAAAAUGUGAGAUUAAUUUGCGAUGAUGACAGGUUAAAAUUCCAAGGUAUGUUUUGAACCUUGGACUAACUGUACUGAUGCAUCCCUAGUGCUUACAUAGCAACUUAGGUAUGUGUUAGGUUCCAUUGGUGGACCCAUUAAAUCAUAUUUGGAUAUAUGUCCUAAAACACACUAUAAAAAGUAAUUUUAUUGUGGUUUUAAUAGUUAAAGCUAUUUGUUCCUAAUGGUAUUUUAAUGGAAACAGUAGAAUUGUUUUUAUUGAGUUAUUAAUGUGUUUCCCUGUUUACAGUAAGCAACUGUAUGUGUAAUCAUUACUGUUUGGAUGUUUAGUUCGAUUUGACAGCAUCAGAACCAUAUACUGUAACUGUACUUCACACUUCUGUAUAUUUGUGUUAGUUGAUGUCAUCCACUAAAAUGAUGUCAAUAUGUUUUUCUUCAGUGAUGUCAUCUUCUACCUCCCUGCUGUCAGAUGAGUUGUUCCAGUGCUCUGUGUGUCUGGAUGUAUUUACCCAACCUGUUUCUCUUCCAUGUGGUCAUACGUUUUGCCAGUCAUGCGUUCUGGCACAGUGGACGGCAUCUGGUGCCUCCCAUUGCCCCAAAUGCUCAACAGUUUUCCAAAAAACACCAGCAUUUUGUGAAAAUUCUUUCGCUCGUGAGAUGGCUGAACAAAUCCGUAAGCAGAGGGGUCAGAGGUCGUUGGAGCAACUUCCAGUAACCUCAGACAACAUUUUAUGUGACAUGUGCCCAUUGCAAAAGGCAUCACAUGCCAUAAAAUCAUGUCUGGAGUGUGUGGCUUCAUACUGUGAGGUCCAUGUGACUUCACACAACUCCAGGUUCACAAAACACACACUGGUGGAGCCGCAGAGGAGAAUGGACAAACGAAUUUGCAGGAUACAUGAAAGACCCUUGGAGCUUUACUGCAGAUAUGACCAAACCGUUGUGUGCGUGCUGUGCACAAAUACAGAGCACAACACACAUCACACUAUACCACUGGAGACAGAAUGGGCAGAGAGAAAGACUCAGUUACUGAAGACACAGUUGGACCUUAAGAUGAUGAUUAAGGAGAGACGAAAUAAAGCUGAGGAACUCAAGCACUCUCUAAAACUAAGCAAAGAGAACACAGAUAAAGAAAUGGCAUACACCAUUGAUGUCUUCACUUCACUGCUGCAGUUUAUUGAGAGACGCCAAAAUGAACUGCUCCAAAACAUGAAACAAAAGCAGAAAACAGCAGAGACACAGCUGGAGAAACUCAUUAAAGAGCUGGAGAUGGAGAUCACUCAGCUAAACAGUAAACGCUCAGAGCUGAUAAAGCUCUUAUCUUCUGAAGACCAUCUUCAACUCAUACAGUCAUUCCCUAACCCAAGUAUGGUGCCAGAGUGUAAAAGCUGGUCUGAGAUCAGUGCAUAUACAUCUCAAGGAUUGGGUUCACUGAGAGAAGCCCUGACUGAUAUAGAAGAGCUGCUCAUGACUCAAAUACACACCGCUACACAGAGAGAACUUGAGGCAAUAUCCCAAUAUGCAGUGGACAUGACCCUUGACCCAGAUACAGCAAAUCCCUGGUUGCUGGUGUCUGCGGACAGGAAAAGUGUGUGUGAUGGCAAUGUGGAGUGCAAUGUUGAAAGCAAUGUUCAGCGUUUUGACACAGCACCAUGUGUCUUGUCGAAAGAGCACAUCACAGCAGGAAGGAGUUACUGGGAAAUAAGCGUCUCUAAUAAAACAGCAUGGGAUUUGGGAGUGGCCAAACAAUCAGUCAGCAGGAAGGGUUUGGUGACACUGAGCCCAGACAACGGAUAUUGGGCAGUUUGUCUAAGAGACGGCAAUGAAUACAGAGCCUGUGAUCAUGAAUCAGUUUUACUUUCAAUGAGGACUCAACCACAAAUAUUAGGCAUAUUUGUAGAUUUUGAAGAAGGACGAGUGUCAUUUUAUGAUACGACUGCAAAGGUUCAUAUUUAUUCUUUCUGCGGACACCGCUUUUCUGAGAACUUGCUGGCCUACUUUAACCCAGACAUGAAUGAUGCAGAAAAUAACAAAGGUCCAUUGGUUAUACAACCUGUCAAUCUUGCCAAUGGGGCAACAUAUGAUAUUGUCACAAUAUGAAGACAUGGACAGGAAAACAGCACCAUUUUUUCAAUAUUUUACUAUUUGCUUACCUCAACUUAGACAAAUUAAUACAUACCUAUCUUUUUUUCAAUGAGUGCACUUUUAAUCUUUGUACAUCACCUCAUUAAUGUGUUAGCAUUUAGCCUAGCGCCAUUCAUUCCUAUGGCUCCAAACAGGGAUGAAUUUAGACGCCACCAAACACUUCUAUGUUUUCCCUAUUUAAAUGCUGUUACAUGAGUAGUUACACGAGUAUGGUGGCACAAAAUAAACUUUUAUUUGGAGCCAAAUGCUAACACAUUCAAGGGUGCUGUACAAUGAUUAAAAAUGCACAGAUUGAAAAUAGAUAGGUAUGUAUAAAUUAAUCUAAACGGUAGUGUUUUCCUUUAAGAGCAAUAAAGACAUACUUGACUGAGAAAAUUGUAUAAGACUUAUUAAAAUGAUACAAAUUAUGUUAUGAUCAAUUAUCAUUUUAAUGAAUAAGAUGUACUGUACAUAUA